UCUCUCUCUCGCUCCCUCCCUUCCCUGGACGGUGAGCAGUGCUCUCUCACUCUGCUCUGGCUCUGCACAGGAUUAGUCGCUGCGAGGGACAGUUUAACUAAAGUGCACGCUGGUGCUGGCAGCUUCGCUGGGUACAGUCAGAUACGGCGUUCUGUGGCAGCCCGGUCAGACCCCCCCCCGCGGAUCCCGCUGCUCCCCCGUCUCUUUGGUCACCCCCCACCGCAUCCCCCGUUCCUGCCCGCGCCGAGAGUGAUGUGACCUCCUCGUCCCCCUUGCCGAGAAACUGAGCCAAGUCACCUGUCAGCCCCCAGGUUCUGGGACCCGUUUGGGUCGGAAGGCGCGCCGUGAAGCCCUAGGGCCACCAGCAUGGAUUACCUCCUGGGGUUUGGACUGCUCCUCUGGGGGGUGUCCCCAUCCAGCAGCACGGCACCGCAGCAGGACAAGAGCAACGUUCCCCGGCUGAAGCUCUCCUACAAAGAGAUGAUGGACUCCGACAACGUCAUCACCUUCACUGGGCUUCCGAACAGCUCGAGCUACCACACCUUCCUGCUGGAUGAAGAGCGCGGCCGCCUGCUGGUGGGGGCCAAGGACCACAUCUUCUCCUUCAGCCUCGUUAACAUCAAUAAGGAUUUGCUGACGAUAUCGUGGCCCGCAACUCCAUCCAGGCGAGAUGAGUGCAAGUGGGCGGGAAAAGAUUUCACGAAAGAGUGUGCCAACUUUAUCAAAGUGCUCCAGGCGUUUAACCAGACUCACCUGUACGCGUGUGGGACAGGCGCCUUUCACCCCAUCUGCGCAUACCUGGAGGUGGGCAAACGGCCCGAGGACAACAUCUUCCGUCUGGAGACGAGCCGCUUCGAGAACGGCCGCGGAAAGAGUCCGUACGACCCGAAGAUGCUGACCGCUUCCCUGCUGGUCGAUGGAGAGCUGUACUCGGGAACAUCGGCGGACUUCAUGGGACGGGACUUCGCCGUGUUCCGCACACUGGGGCUGCACCACCCUAUCCGGACGGAGCAGCACGAUUCCCGCUGGCUGAACGAGCCCCGGUUUGUGGGGGCACACCUAAUCCCUGAGAGCGACAACCCGGAAGAUGACAAGAUCUACCUGUUUUUCCGUGAGAGCGCCAUGGAUGGGGAGCACACAGGGAGGGCCACACACGCCCGCAUCGCACAGCUCUGCAAGAAUGAUUUUGGAGGGAACAGAAGCCUGGUCAAUAAAUGGACCACCUUCCUGAAGGCCCGCUUAAUUUGCUCAGUGCCGGGACUAAACGGCAUUGACACGCACUUCGACGAGCUACAGGAUGCCUUCCUGAUGAGCGGUAAAGACCCGAAGAAUCCGGUUAUUUAUGGAGUGUUUACGACAUCCAGUAACAUCUUCAAGGGUUCGGCGGUGUGUAUAUACAACAUGGCCGACGUGCGGAGGGUCUUCCUCGGCCCCUACGCCCACCGGGACGGACCGACCUACCAGUGGGUGCCCUUCCUGGGGAGGGUGCCCUACCCACGUCCUGGAACGUGCCCAAGUCAGACCUUUGGCGGCUUCGACUCCACCAAGGACCUGCCUGAUGAUGUCAUCACCUUCGCGCGAGGCCAUCCCGCCAUGUUCAAUGCUGUCCAUCCCAUCAACAACCGGCCCAUCAUCGUCAAGACCGACGUGGACUACCAGUUCUCCCAGAUAGUGGUGGACAGGGUGGACGCCGAGGACGGCCAGUACGACGUCAUGUUCAUCGGGACAGAUAUCGGGACUGUGCUGAAGGUGGUGUCCAUUCCCAGAGAGAGCUGGCAUGACCUGGAAGAGGUGCUCCUGGAAGAGAUGACUGUGUUUGCGGAUCCGACGCCCAUCACAGCCAUGGAUAUUUCCACCAAGCAGCAACAGCUCUACAUCGGCUCGUCCAUUGGGGUCUCGCAGAUGCCCCUGCACCGCUGCGGGGUGUACGGCAAGGCAUGCGCCGAGUGCUGUCUGGCCCGUGACCCCUACUGCGCCUGGGACGGCACAGAAUGCUCCCGCUAUUUCCCCACCGCCAAGAGACGAACGAGACGCCAGGACAUCAGGAACGGGGAUCCCCUGACGCAGUGCUCCGACUUGCAGCACAACGAUGAUCUUUACAGCCCAGGUUCCUCGUCAGAGAACAAGGUUUUGUAUGGGGUGGAGAACAGCACCACCUUCUUGGAGUGCAGCCCCAAAUCGCAGCGCGCUGCCAUCUACUGGCAGGUUCAGAAGCACAAUGAGGAACGCAAACAUGAGAUCAAGUCAGAUGAGCGCUUCAUUCGCAUGGAGCAGGGCCUGCUUAUUCGCGGACUGCAGAAGAAGGACUCGGGGGUGUACUACUGCCACGCCAUGGAGCACGGCUUCAUCCAGACCCUGCUGAGGGUCUCCAUGGAGGUCAUUGACAUGGACGGGCUGGAGGAUCUGCUCCACAGGGACGGCGAUGGCUCAAAGCCCAGAGAUGGGCCCGGCCAGCUGGCCAGCCAGAAGGUGUGGUAUCGGGACUUCAUGUCUCUGAUCAACCACCCCAACCUGAGCAAUGUGGAGGAGCUAUGCGAACAGGUGUGGCGACGAGGCCGUAAGCAGCGCCGGCAGAAGGUACAGAGUGCGCCUCCUCAUGGCAGCAAGUGGAAGCACCUGCAGGAGAAUAAGAAGGGUCGCAACAGGAGGACGCAUGAGCUGGAGAGGGCGCCGCGGAGCGUCUGAGGACCGGCAGGGAACGUCACUAAACGUGACGGAAAUGCGACACUGACAGUGCCGUGGCGGAGAGGACCGGCCCCCUGCUUACUGCCGCUGGAGCCGUCGGGACUCACUGUACACUCAGAACAAUGGAGGCCACUGCUACGCCUGGACUUCCUGCAGACAGACGGACAGGCAGGCUGCCUAACGACUCGUCCGUGUUUAAUUUAGUUUUUUCAUUCGUAGCUAUUUGUAGAUCUUUCGAUAGACUCCCAUUCGCUGGAGGCCACCACUGUGUUCGAGCGGGACGGCAGGGUCAGUCUGACAGCUGCCAUGGGAUGUGAGACAGCUUUGGACAGUUCUGUCGGAAGUUCGUAUUCUCCUGAAUUCUGGAUGUUUCUGAAUCCCACUACUCCCAAUCCGCAGAGGCCAUGGGGAGCCACCUCUUCGAGGAAUCUGCUUGUAAAUUCAGAAUCCCGAAUCUAACCACUGUAUAUAGAACUGAACGGAAAACUUAAGUGGUACAUUCUGACCAAUAAUAUAUUAGGAUAACCUGAUAUCACGAUUAUUUAUGGAUUUAUGGUAAAUUCUUCUUCCUCUGGCAUACAUUGGCCAGAGAUGUGACUCCUCUCAAAGCAAUAGACAUAUAAACCCAGUGAUCUAUGUUGGCAAUGGAAGCUUCCGGAUCAUACAUCUAUUUAAAUGUGAUUCAAAAGGAAUAUUUUAUGUACUUUUUUAUUUACAGAGUAACUAAAGUAUAUCUGACAGUUUCAUUUCUGUAUCAUUGUUUACUUUCCCAUUUUUUUGCUGAACUACUGCUACGAAGACCCGUGUAUGCGAACGCAUCACCCUUGGUGUGUUUAUCAAACCUGCCUCUCACAACAGCCUAUAUAAUAAGAUAUAUAUAUAUAUAUAUAAUGGGAAAAUCUGCAGCAUGUGUAACCUAAUGCACUCUUCUGAAUGACACCCCCUUGAAUAUGUAUUCAUCCAUCCAUUCAUCCGCUAACCAAGUCGAUGAUACUGGAGACUGUCCCUGUGGAAUAGUAACUUUCAAAACUGCAAUUGUAACCAGUCACGGGCCAGUUGGUUUAACUGAGGAGACAAACAUGCAGAGAAAUAGACCGAUGUUGGCUUCUCCAGUCAAACAGUUAGCUGAGACAUAGAUUAUAUGGAAAGACAUCUGACAGCCCAUAGAGUGCAAACGGUUGAAGUAGCAUUGAGUUUUACCUCUUAUGAUUAUUUAUAACAAGUCUGACAGUGAUUUUACUCUGAGUCUGACCCCCACAAUUAAAUCCAUACAAAGAGACUGUAGUGACAGCGGCAGCCCAGUAUACCUCUGGGCAGGUUGCCCACAGCAGGGCUGAGCAUCUCAUGUCCUCCAGCGAAGCCUCCUGCACACCCAGCCUGGUGCUGAUGCUGCAUCUGAGCUCUGAGUUUUUUAUUAAUUAUGGCCUGCAGUGGGGGGGCAGAGCCCCAGCUGAGCAUCUGUCCAUUCAUUGAUCCAGUGCUUUACAGCUCACCGCCUUCUCAGGCAAAGGCAGAGAGGACCACUCCUCUCUCUCUCUCUCUCUUUCUCUCUCUCUCUCUCUCUCUCUCUAGUAUCCCCUGCAUUUAACACAUGAACAAAUCAGAAAUAAAGAGAUCGUCCUUCUGCUUUUUCACUUGGUAUGAAUUUAAUGCCAUUUCUCCGUCUGCCCGUUUGAUGAUGUUGUAAACCCCAAACAGCAACAGAUAUUAAAGAUAUUAAUAGAGCGUAUUCAUCUAUGACCUCUUAGGGUCAGGGUUAGAGAAAGCUGGAUAUUUAUUCAAUGACUAUUAAAAAUAGCUGAAGAAUUAUCAUCAGGGUCCAAAACACAGGAAAGUCAAAUGUGAAGAUGCAUAUGAGAAGCUGUUUGCAUCGUCCUCCCCCAUCUAUCCUUAGUGUAUAAUAACAUGGAGUAUGAUGAUCUACCCGGUGUGAUCAUUUGACUGUCUCAGAGAUGUACAUAUAUAAAUAGAUAUAUAAUUAUAUUUUUUACAAAAUCCAAGGAACAGUCUGAGGAAGCAGCAUAUAGCCUUGUACUGCACUCCAAUAUUUUCUAUGACAUUUUUCGUUUAGUGAUAGACAAGCUCUCAUGUGGAAGAAACAGCUCAGUACAUCAUCCACCAGAUGGUGUUCUGAUAAACAUGGCCUCCAUCCACCAGGUGGUGUCCUGAUAAACAUGGCCUCCAUCCACCAGGUGAUGUGCCGAUAAACAUGGCCUCCAUCCACCAGGUGAUGUGCCGAUAAACAUGGCCUCCAUCCACCAGGUGGUGUUCUGAUAAACAUGGCCUCCAUCCACCAGGUGAUGUGCCGAUAAACAUGGCCUCCAUCCACCAGGUGGUGUUCUGAUAAACAUGGGCUCCAUCCACCAGGUCACGUCCUGAUAAACAUGGCCUCCAUCCACCAGGUGGUGUUCUGAUAAACAUGGCCUCCAUCCACCAGGUCACGUCCUGAUAAACAUGGCCUCCAUCCACCAGGUGGUGUCCUGAUAAACAUGGCCUCCAUCCACCAGGUGGUGUCCUGAUAAACAUGGCCUCCAUCCACCAGGUGGUGUUCUGAUAAAUAUAACCUCCAUCCACCAGGUUGCGUCCUGAUAAACAUGGCCUCCAUCCACCAGGUGGUGUCCUGAUAAACAUGGCCUCCAUCCACCAGGUGGUGUUCUGAUAAAUAUAACCUCCAUCCACCAGGUCGCGUCCUGAUAAACAUGGCCUCCAUCCACCAGGUGGUGUCCUGAUAAAUAUGGCCUCCAUCCACCAGGUGGUGUUCUGAUAAAUAUAACCUCCAUCCACCAGGUCGCGUCCUGAUAAACAUGGCCUCCAUCCACCAGGUGGUGUCCUGAUAAAUAUGGCCUCCAUCCACCAGGUGGUGUUCUGAUAAAUAUGACCUCCAUCCACUAGGUGGCAUGCCGAUAAACAUGGCUUCCAUCCACUGGGUGGCCUUCACGUCCCCCAUCAUCACGUUUUCAGAUAAUCUUUGCAACUUGACAAAAAAAUAAAUUGUAAAACUGCUGUAAACGACUUUUUUGGCAUGUACCCUGUUGAUAAAAUAAACAUUUCUUCAACGA